AAGGGCAGCUGGAGGCUGGGCAGAGUCAGCACUGCAACUCUAGCCAUGGCACCCACCUUCCUCUCCCUGAGCUUCUCCAGCCUGAGCCUGUGGGCUUCUGGAGUGAUCUUGGUAAUAGGCUUCCUCAAGCUUCUUCGCCUGCUGCUGAGGAGACACAAGCUGGCCAGGGCCAUGGACAACUUCCCAGGGCCCCCUACCCACUGGCUCUUUGGGCAUGCUCUCGAGAUCCAGCAGACGGGAAGCCUGGACAAGGUGGUGUCCUGGGCCAAGCAGUUUCCUUAUGCCUCCCCACUCUGGAUGGGACCGUUUGUUGGCUUCCUGAACAUCUAUGAGCCUGACUAUGCCAAAGCUGUGUACAGCCGAGGCGACCCUAAGGCCGCAGAUGUGUACGACUUCUUCCUCCAGUGGAUUGGGAAAGGCCUGCUCGUUCUUGACGGGACCAAGUGGUUCCAGCACCGCAAGCUUCUCACACCCGGCUUCCAUUAUGAUGUGCUAAAGCCCUACGUGGCUGUGUUUGCAAGCUCUACAAACAUCAUGCUGGACAAGUGGGAAAAAAAAGCUCGUGAGAAUAAAAGCUUUGACAUCUUCUGCGAUGUGGGCCACAUGGCCCUGGACUCACUCAUGAAGUGCACCUUUGGCAAAGGAGACAUCGGCCUGGGCCACAGGGACAGCAGGUACUACCAGACAGUGCAUGAUCUCACACUGCUGAUGCAGCAGCGGAUUAACUCCUUCCAGUACCACAACGACUUCAUCUACUGGCUUACGCCUCAUGGCCGCCGCUUCCUGCGGGCCUGCCGGGCGGCUCAUGACCAUACAGACCAUGUCAUCAGGAAGCGGAAGGCAGCCCUGCAAGACAAGAAGGAGCAGGAGAAGAUCCAGCACCGCAGACAUCUGGACCUACUGGACAUUCUUCUGGGUGCUCGGGAUGAAAGUGGCAUCAGGCUGUCUGACGCAGACCUCCGGGCUGAAGUGGACACGUUCAUGUUUGAAGGUCACGACACCACCACCAGCGGUAUCUCCUGGUUUCUCUACUGCAUGGCCCUGUACCCGGAGCACCAGCAGCGCUGCAGGGAGGAGGCCCGCGAGAUCCUAGGGGACCAGGACUCCUUCCAGUGGGACGAUCUGGGCAAGAUGACCUACCUGACUAUGUGCAUCAAGGAGAGCUUCCGCCUUUACCCACCUGUGCCUCAGGUGUACCGCCAGCUCAGCAAGCCCGUCACCUUUGUGGAUGGCCGCUCUCUACCUGCAGGCAGCCUGGUCUCUCUGCACAUCUAUGCUCUCCAUAGGAACAGUGAAGUGUGGCCUGAGCCCGAGGUCUUCGAUCCCCAGCGUUUUUCUCCUGAGAAUGUGUCUGGACGCCAUCCCUUUGCCUUCCUGCCCUUCUCUGCUGGGCCCAGGAACUGCAUCGGGCAGCAGUUUGCCAUGAAUGAGAUAAAGGUGGUCACGGCUCUCUGUUUGCUGCGCUUUGAGUUCUCCCUGGAUCCCUUGCAGCCACCCAUCAAGAUGCCCCAGUUGGUUCUGAGCUCAAAGAAUGGGAUCCACCUCCACCUGAAGUUACUGGGCUCCGGGUCCGGGAAGUAGCUCUGCAGACAGUAAGGCCCCAGCCAGCCCAGGCUGCUCCUUCUCCCUGGGCACUGGCUUCCCAGAUGAAUGUGGAGUAGCUGUGGCUUCAGGAGGCUUAUUGUCUGGGAGGGGAGUAGGCACUGGCACAGACAACCUCCCGGGAGACAGUGCCACUCAAACAUGAGUGUCUACAAAUUCUUGGUACCCAUAUGUUCAAGAUCUCAUCCAUUCACUUACUUGGUGAGCACCUAAUCAUCUCAAGACACUUCAUUUAUCUCCUAUAAUGAUCAGUCUUUCUAAAAUGCAGGAGAAAUGCACAUUCCAGCCUUAUGACAUGGUGAACACAGGGGAAGCUUGGCCGAGGGAUUCAUGGUUAUGACCCGGUAGCGUGGGGUUGUGGGAUGGCUCAGGGGAUGCCCCUCAUGGAGAGGUGUUUUAUGUGUAGCUGUGUGUGUGUGUGUGUGUAAUAUAAUUAAAAUGAGGAAAAAUGACCUAAAUCAAAA